AUGAAGUUCAUCAUUGUCUUUGCUGCCCUCUUCGCCGUUGUUUUGGCUGCACCAGCAAAUCCCGAUGCCGACUCACAGGUCCUGCGCAGUGACUCUGAUGUUGGUCCCGAAAACUACAAAUAUGCCUAUGAGACCUCCAAUGGCAUUAAUGCUCAAGAAGAAGGACAACUGAACAAUGCUGGCAGCGAAAACGAAGCCAUUGCAGUACGUGGAUCCUUCACAUGGGUGGACCCUGAGGGUCAGUCACAUACCAUUACCUAUAUUGCCGACGAGAAUGGUUUCCAGCCACAGGGCGCUGAUAUUCCCCUUGCCCCAGAGGCUUAA